AUGACCGGCUUCAGCUCUUACUUCACUUUCCGCUCCACGUCCGCCGAGCACAGUUCAUUACCUGUAAAUCAUUCGAGCAAGGACGGCAAGGGCUCGUCGAAGGGCGCUAUCAAGGCUGCGGCACAGUCGAAUGGCCCAUCUUCCUCUUCCUCUUCGUAUUCGCACACCGUACCACUCGAUGCCAUUGGCAUAUUGCGCGCCCUAUAGCCUACACAUGCCCAUAAUUACUAUACACCACCCAAGGAUCAGCAUUAAAGGAAAGACGGACGGACGGACCUCUAAUUAGAUUUUGACCUAUUCCGCAGCAUAAUCUUAUUCACUCGCACUUUCUCCUUCCCACAUUUCCCAUCACGUCUAACCAACGCAUCACCC